AUGGACGAAGAUUGGUAUGGGCUGUCCAUUACAGUGGAGAAUCUGGUGAAGUAUAAGCAAGUCACACAGAGCUUGUCAUCGGCUCUAGAUGCCGGGCUUUGUGUGUCUCAAUCGACUGGUGAACUCAUCCUGGAGAGGCAAGUUUACAUCCUGCAGGCACUGAAUAUCCUGGUUGAGGAUAUUCUUGAAGCGGGUUCAUCAUCGAGGAUGUCAAGAACCCGACCGAGAAAACACGUGGAAGGGGCACACGUGGCACUGUUCACCCUGUCCAUCGACCCAAAGCCAGAAAAGCUUCCCCCGGUGGAGAUACUUGCUUGUGCAGUCGACCAAAAGUCCUCACUGGAGGAGUACAUUGAUCUAUGUCGCACCGAGCCCGCCUUCCUUACACACGUGGUGAAUACCUGGUUCUCCAGUCGACCUGAGCUGGUCCCUGACGAAAAGGGUCGAAGCAUGCCUCUGGCUACAGACAAAUUUAUCAGGAUCGCUGUUUUCGAAGUUAUCCACAAUGCGGUUAUUGGAGCUGCUGUUUGGGGUUAUCUGUGUUCUCUUCUACAUGCUCUCGUCGAUCAGCCAAAUGACCGGUUUUACUGGAGUACGAUCCUCCAUGAGAUUGCGGAGGUAUCCCAUUUCGAACAUUGCCGGGCCCAAAAGCUGUUCAAGCGUUACGUGCAAAUGGCCUCUGGGUCUAAAUUUUUCAAACGAGUUUCCGGUGUAUAUGACAACGGCACUGCGCGUGUGGCCAUGAAAAUUAAACCAGACUUAUUGACCAGGGUGGACCCGCAGAUGCACUAUAUACUCUGUCUGUGUCAAGCCAAGUUAGAUGUCUCCCAGGCGGUUGACUGGAUCAGAAAGCUGGAUGGUUUUCAUCAAGCUCUACCCACAGAGCAAGGAAAUAUAACGGAACGAGAGUUCGACGCCUUCUGCGAUCUUGCUGUGACUGCCAGUUUUAUCCAGUCCUUGUCGGGGUGGCUGAAGCUGCUCUGA